AAUAAGAUCACAAAUAAACUUAACUCCUUUGCUUUCCCAAUGUUUAUAAUAAAUACACUUCCCACCAACUUUAAUUUUAUCAUUAAACCAAAGCGUGCUCUUUAAUACCUCCACUGUAGUUGUGGGUAAGUGGACCCGAGUAAAAUUAGAUCACGAUUUGAACACAUCGAGCCAAAAAUUAUUAUAAAUUCUUUGCGUACCCACAAAUUUUGCUGAGCCACCUUCCAAUAAUAACCAACGGGUAAUGCCAAAAAUAUGAUUACAUAAAGUGGACCAGUCUGACGACUGGUUAGCCUUGUAAAGUCUACGUAACCAGGUGAUUUUUAAAGCGUCUAUAUACGCACGGACAUCAACCAUCCGCAACCCACCCAGACCAUAAUCUUGGAGCAUUUGGUUUCUAGCAACACGGUCGUGUCCUUUCCAAAUGAAGUUAAAGAACAUAGUGUUUAAUUCUUUGAUCAUAUUACAGGGUGUGUCGGGGAUGGUUAACACAAGAUUUAAGACGACUAUCAAGAAACUGAUUUGGAGAAUAAAACAUGGCGAAUUACGAGAACCAUUUCAUGACCGUCAACAAAGUUACAACAUUUCAAGAAAGACGGAAGAACUUGCUUGAUCUUCAGAAACUACCACUUGAAGAAAGAAGGGCAGUCCUCAGGAAAUACUACGAAGAUUGGGUUAACAAUGGUUACGACGAGGACUAUAUAAGCAGUGGAUACAUUGGACAUAUCACACUAGCUGAAGAAAUACAUGCGCGAAUUCCCGAUACAUCAAAGCGUAUACUUGACUGUGCCUCUGGAAAUGGAUUUCUUGGAGAACAGCUGCUGAAGAAACACGGUUUCACCAAUUUGGACGCAUUGGACAUGUCACAAGGCUGCCUUGAUUACACGCGUGGAAAGAAUGUCUACACAAACUACAUUUGUGCCGCUCUGGGUCCAGAUCGACUGCCCAUCGACGAUGAUGCAUAUGAUGGGAUUGGUUUAACCGGAGGUUGCGGCGCUGGUCACGUGCAACCAGAUUGCCUUCCAGAAUGGGUCCGGAUCACAAAACCAGGUGGAUUGAUCAUGUUUGUUGUGCAAGAAAAAUAUCUAGGAGGCGAACACUACGAUGAGAAUUACUGCAAUGGUGCCUUGGAUGCCAUUCUACACAAAAUGGCUGCCGAAGGUCAAGUGGAGUUUUUGGAGAAGAAAAGACUGUUUUACCUUAAGCACCCGACGGACAGUAGCAAACAUGAAUAUUCAUACAUGUUUGUACUUCGAGUAUUGUGAAUACGUAAUGUGGGGCGGGGGUUAUUGCCAUUUGAUACCCUUUGUAUGGAGUGGCAUGGUGUUACCACACUUAUCUCUACUAUAGAGAUUGGGUGCA